AUGAACCAAGACUUCUUGGAUUUCGAUGAAGACGAAAAUCCUUCCGAUGCCACCCUUCUUCUUGCAGAGGAGGUUGAUCAAAUCCCAUAAAUGUUUGAAAAGAGACAUUCUUGCAGGUUUCGAACGAGUUCCGCAAGGCUUUCCCUCUUCGAAGUGAGCUUCAAAAAAGCGUGAAGGUGCUGCCAGCAAGGACGCCAAACGUCUGCAAAAGGCUCAACUUCGAUGAGACCCUUUCGCCCAUUGGUUUCCCGUUUCAAUUUCUGUUUCACUCUGAGUUUUCGUUUUCAGUGAUGAGCCUGAACUCUGAAAUGCGUACAUCAAAGGCAAAUUUGGAGACGACAGAGGCCCGACUUUCCUCAGCCGACAGAGAAAUCAAGAGACUCAAGAAAGACGCCGAAGUUAGUUGUAUUUUCGAAAAUUGAGGUGAAGAGGGUCUUCGCCGAAAAAAAGAAAAUUCUUCUCAUGACAAGAGUUGAACGAAUGAUGUUAAUUCAAUGUUUAUCAGGAGAGAGAGGAAAAAAUCAUUGCAAUGAUUAAUGAAAAGCACGAGCUCCGUACAAAACUUGUUCGUCUCGAGGCGGAAAGACAACAGGAAAAACUCGAAAUCGAAGCUAGGCUCAGUCAGGUUGGUUUCGUUCGAAAGUUCGUUAUUUCCUGUCAAUUGUCCUUUUUUAAAGAUUGAAGUUCCAUUCAGUAGAAAAUUGAAAAUACAGUCUGAAGAUUCAAAUAGAUGCUUCUCGAAUAAAAUUCAUGAAAAAAGCUUCGAAAGAAAUUUCAAAUCAAGUCCAACUCAAUUUUUGCGUUUUUGUUGUAUCCUGAUAGAGUUCAAACGGAACUCAGAGGUUGCGGUCGACUGAAUAAAUAUGAAUAGUUUAGAGCUUCGUAACGCAUGAAGAUUGGAAAAUGAUGGCGAAAAAGUACUACGCCUGGUACCAAAUAGCCAACGGACAGCUUGAGACGAUCCUCGAGAAGGUCAAAAAACCCUCGGAUUGGAAUCGGACAACCCUGGCUGAGGUGGGACUUCCCCUCGAGAUCCAGAAGGAAUCCAAUUUCAGAUAAACAGAGCCCCCACUCAAACCAUCCAGGAAAUGAACGAUGUCACGUUCAACGACGGUAAAAUGACUCUAAUCUGAAAAAAUGAAACUCUUCAUUUUCAGACUACGUGUCGCAAUUGGCGUUGGGAUCUUUGAGCUCCUACUCAGGUGUUGUCUUUGAGGCUGACUGGGAAGAAGUCAAUGAGACUGCGGAAGUUCAACCUCAACCUCCACAGAAUGUAAGAUUCGUUGGAUCAGUUAUUGCCGAAAUGAGAGAGUAGAAAUAAGUCACUUGGAGACAUGUGAAAAAUCCAAAAAGGAAAAUAAGUUUUUGAGAAUAAUCUAAAAUUUUUUUGAAAAAGAAGCUUUUUUUUCAUAGCAUCUCACUCUCUGUUGCCAAAAAAAACAGCCGAUUUUUCCCGAUGUAACAGUCUGGAUGAGUUUAGCAAUUGUUUUUUGUUUCAGGAACCAACUCCGACUUUUGUUGCCAAAAACGAACCUUCGGUUUUCGGCAAUGUCAAGCAGGAACCCAAUGGUUUGUCCAAGAAUUUUCCCCAUUCAGGGAUUUUCGUUCAGAUUUAACGAGUUUUUCUCGGAACGAGCCUUUGUCACCCAUCGCACGUUCCCCUGCUAGGCAAAAUGGUGAUCGAAACCAACAAAUUUCGUUUUUCUAUUUGAUAAUCUUCAGAUACCAUGAACUAUUCCCAGAUGAACAGCACCAUUCUGAACUCCACUUCGAUCGAUUUCGAAAAAGACGACAAAAUCCAGAGACUUCUUCUGGAAAACUCGAUUCUCAAGGACCGUCUCGAUGUUUCCACGUUUGAAGUUGUUCUCUGACUCCAAAAAAGGGCGUUUGUUCAGAGGAAGAGCUCAGCAGUCGAUGCUUCUCGAGGAGAAAUACCGUUCAUUGGAGCACAAAAACGACUUUUUGCAGAAAAAACUGGAUAGCACAUUUGUGAGUUUCCAUUCCGAAAAAUGUUUCUGUUCAUCGGAUGAACUUCAUCCUUUCGUCCUUUUAAAAAAGAUUAGAAUUCUUUGAAAAAGAAAUUAGAGAGCGAUGGGAAAACAGCGAAACAAGAAAGAAAUGUUCGAAAAUGACAAUUAUUUGUUAGGGAAAAGGCGAGAAGAAAUGUAGAAGAUCUCAAAUGAGAAACGUCGAUCGAAUCUCGGUUUUAAAAUGGAAAAUUGUUUUUCAAAAAAGCGAGUGGUUAAAAAACGCCACCUAACAACAACAAAAAGCUGCGGAAAUUUCCCCUUUUUUCAUUUUAAAUCUAGUAUAGCGUUUCAGGGAGAAAUCGAAGCCAUGCGAAUCGGGACAGCCCGCCGUCUUUUCACGAUUGAAGAGGGACAGUCUUCUGAAGCGCGGACUCUGGCUCUCGUAGACCGAAUUAGGGAAUUAGUGGCCGAGUUCGGAUCCAAAUUCUCGCCUUUUUCAAAUUCUGUUUUCAGUAACAGUCGGUUAGAGAAAAAUAUCGAAGCGACGACGUCGAGAAUCCAAAAAAUCACUAGAGAUUUGACAGAAUGGUCAGUUUCUUCGUCUUUUUUUAAAUCAUACUUUUCCAUUUUAUUACUUUUUUCCUUUAUUACUUUGUUUUUUCUGACUGAAGUUGCAUAGGCCACCGUGAAAAUUUUUUUUGGAAGGAUGGAACUGUUUUUAUAGCUUAUGGGAGUUUUAUUCACCGACCUCCCAUUUUUUUACCGUUGAAAAUAGUAAAUUGCAGUGAGAAACGCAACACUCGGCUUGAGGACGUCUAUUCGGAGGAAACGACCAAAAACGAGAGUUUAGAAAAGUUUUUGGAAUCAUCAAACUCUCCUAAGAAAAUGCUCUUCAGAGAACUUCAAACUCUGAAAACGCAGCUGGAAGAGCAGAAAAAAAUCACCGAAGAGUUGAAAAAUGCGCAGGAGACGGCGGCAUCGUCCACUUUGGUUUGAGGAGUUUUCCUAUUAUGUCUAGAACAAAAACAUUCAAGGUGCAACCAACGGACGCCGGAAAUACGACCCAAAUAUUCCAUAUGGCCACAAAUCCUUUGAAUCUUGCCCAUCAACAGUUUCAGGAGGAAGAAAGCCGCAAAAGAAAACUGGUAAUUUGUUUUUUUUUUUUGUCAUUCCUUCUUCCAAUCAAUCGGGUUUCAGAGCGAACGCGGAUUCUCAGACGACACUUUGAUGAAUUUGGAGGCGAAGAGAAUGCGCGAGGAAGAGGUUCUUGUGUGGGAAGAACGGCUUCGGAAGAGCGAGCGGGAAAAAGAAAACGCGAUCCGGCUCCAGAUGGACUUCUUCAAGAAAUUCCGGUCUGUUAUUCAUGUCUGAUCUGAUAAGCUAGAUUCCCCUGACUACAGAACGUCUUUUUAGUCCCCGGUUGAACUUUUUAUGAAAUUGUGGUAAAGUUUUCUUUAGGAAUUCCCGACCAGAACAGAAAAAAGUUUCUUGCAAUAGGUUUUCGUGUAGCUCAUGCAUUGGUAACAUUGUUAUUUGCUUGAUUCCGGAUAAUUUUUUAGGGGUCUAGAGGUCCCAAAGAUCAACUAGAGAUGAUUGAGCUUCCGAUUUUUCAAAAAAAUGGGAUAAACAGUUUUAAAAAAGGAAAUUUGAAAAUACAUGCGACUAGAAAAAAAAUAGUCAUGAUGAGUUUCCAUUAUAGGGAAGUUAGUACUGCUCUGACGGGCUUCCAAAUCAAAAUGAAAGACGCUGAGGACGGCCUCUGCUGCGUGAACAGCAUCUACGACGAAGACGGCAGCGAGCGGCAGUUCGUUUUCAAGGUGAACAUGAGGAGAGACUCUCGAAGCAUGCAAGACUCUUAAGUACUACUGGGACAGCGGCCGCUUGGAUCUGCUCGACGUUCUUUGUGGCACUUCUUCUGGCGACUUCAUCCGAAAAUGGGAACCCGAAAUGAGAAAGUUUGUUUUCGAAGAGCUAUUCAAAUGCAAAAGCUAGUGAAAAUAUUCUGUUUUCUUCUUUAUGUGUCCUAUUUGAUUCAAAAAUUCAAGUUUUUCUAAAAGUCAUCAGAACAAGAAUUUUCAUGAAGUAAACUACAAAAAAACUUUGUAAAGGGAUUAUAAGAAAGUCUGGUUUUCCAUAAACAUUAGAACCACCGUUUGAAUAUUCAUCAUGGUGAAGCUGAUCCACGGCGAAUUGAGCCAUCGAAAAAAAGGGUUCUGAAACGAUAAGUAAAAAGGAAGUUCCUGGUUGGUGGAGGCAGACAGGCCACGACUCUUUGUUUCCCAAACUAGCCGUGAAUCGACUAUAUUUUAUUAAAAGACUGGAAAUAACCUUUUCAAGUAUGAACUUGAACAAUACAGAAAUGGUCGCUGUUCUGUAUAUUUAAGAAUAAAAAGGAUCAAAUCGUGCUUAUUUUUUCUCAAUUUACUCAUAUUCCGAAUUUGAUUGGAUAUCUUUGAGGUACAUUGGUGAGCGGCAGUCGAUUCCGUCGUUCCUGGCCGCCGUGACGUUGUGUCUGGAGCAGGAGCGCGACUUCGACCAGACCGUCGUCGAGAGGAAUCACACUUUCAGCGUGAUCCACGAGCCCGACUCCCAGUGA